CCUCAACUCAACAAUCUUUUGCAUCCCUUUCUAACAAGCAUGAGGAGAAAGCCUGGCAAUAUAUCCCACCCUCAUGAUUGUGCGCAGCAGGAGAACGCUGCUCUACUCACUGGGAGUGAUGAUGCUCCUGAUAUACAUUCUGCAUCUGUGGAAGACGCCCUCGCGGCCGUUGCCGCCCAUGCCAGGCACCUACCAAUACUUCUCGGAGAUCAACUUCGAGUACUACACACAUAGCUUCGGCGCUAUCAGUCAUUGUGAUCCGAGGUUUGCACCCUCCCAGGCUCCGGGCAUCGAUGAAAUGAAGAAGGCGCUGUUCGCGCUGAUGAAGACGUACGCCACAACGAUGAAGGAGCUUCACGCCGAGAGUUGGAUCGCUCACGGCACCUUGUUGGGGUGGCACUGGAACCAGAAGAUUUUACCCUGGGACAACGAUAUCGACGUCCAGGUGUCGAUAGAAACACUGGCGGCGCUGGCUGCCGCCUACAACAUGAGCGAGUACCAGUACCCGGUGGCUGGGGAGGACAGGCCUCGAACCUAUCUUUUGGAUAUCAACCCGCAUUACACCAUCGCGUCACCACGCGACGUGGCGAACAAGAUCGACGGCCGCUGGAUCGACACCACCAACGGUAAAUAUAUCGAUAUCACCGCCGUCCACGUCAGCCCGGGAAAGACGGAACAUACUUCGUUCGACCAGUGCGUUUUCUUCUCCAAGGAUGGUCAUCGAUACCGAAGGGAAGAUUUGUUCCCCUUACAGGAUACCACUUUCGAAGGCAUUGACGUCAAAGUCCCGCGCGACCCAGCCAAGAUUCUAGCCGAGGAGUAUGGGAAGAGGUCACUGACCAAAACGCGCUUCCAUUGGCACCGGUUCAACAAAGCCUCGAGACUAUGGGAAGCCGAGUAGGCUGGGGGUGGUUGUGUCUGGAGACCUCCGGCAGGCCAAUCGAUCCACCACACCCCGAUCUGGUGUCAGUGAUCCUCUCUCACGAGCACAAUCCCCGCGCCAGAUGAACCCCCGUGAUGCCAGCACCAAGCUACUCGGAUCAGAGGCUCACUAGUCACCACGGUAUGAUGGCAACCCCCUUCAUAUACAACCGGGUGCCCCUCAAGGACGGCUGUGACGACCACUCCGUCCGCAUUACACCCAUGAACAGAAUGACAAACCUUCGAAAGAGGAAAGAAAAUGGUACACGACUGCGGGGGGGAGGGAGUGUGAUAGGGAAACUAUGGCGAUGACAAUGACAAUAACCGCCCCGAACUCAGCGCAUGCCAAACAACAUACACUUGCAAGUACCUCCACACUUGGCCCGACGCCCUUCUCGCUCAAUCCAAUCUCUACGAGCCAGCAUAAGCGAAUGAUCUCGAAUGUAGCGAACAAUUUCGAAUCUCUCCCUCAUCAAUCCUCGAGGAGACAGAGGAAUAGGUCCCUUUCGCGCGUCUGACAGCCGUUCAAUGUCCUCCCGAUCUCGUUGAUGUUGGGUUCGUCUCAAUGUAGACAUUAUUGUGCAUCGAGUAGCCAGACCUUGUCGGCAGAGUGAGUGAAUGAAUGAACGGGACGCAGCGCAAGGCGUAGGAGGCGUAUCAAAAGGGUUUUGGCCAGGACAGAGUAAAGACAUGUUGUUAGGCGUUGGCCCCCACGUUACACCAGCCAGGCAGAUGUUGUCACUAACACAUUCCCUAGCGCCCUAGGAGACCGGGAUUCCAGGCGCUUGAAAAUUUGACCCAAUCACGAGAAGUUCCAACACUUGCGGUGGUUAAGCUGUGCAAGAAGGUGUGGCCACAGCAGUCC